GCCGGAUUCCACGAUCGGUGAGGAAGAAGAAGAUAUCCAUCCGCCGGGCGUUGGAACAGGAGGAGGCAGCAGGUCCGCAAUCUCACGCAUGUCAGCAUGUCAUCCGUACAAGGUUCACCCGAGCUGCGCCGGCGUCUAUCGGACAAGGAGACCAGCCACUCCGACAUCUCUUGCAUCGCUGUGACGGACACAUGCAGCGUGACCAUCGAAACAAGUGAAGAAAUCGUGCCUAGCACUUCCAGUUCGGUCUUCAACUGCGACAUGUGCCCCGCUUCUUUCUCGACGAGAGACUUCCUGAACAGGCACCGACGCUACGGGCAUUCAAGAAGGAAUUCGAAGGGGCAGCAGUCAAAUGGGAUGGCCUCCCAAGAAGAGACCAAGGAGAAGGCACCCUUCGUGUGCGACAUCUGCAAGAGGAGCUUCGCGCGGCGGAACGCCCGCACCUCCCACGUGAGGAUCCACGCCAGGACGGGGUACGAGUGCACGGACUGCGGCCGCCGCUUCUCCAACUCGUCCCACCUGUCCCGCCACCGCCGGACGCACCUGGGAGAGACGGAGAACUUCCUCUGCCCGGAGUGCUGGGCGGGCUUCGCCCGGAAGGACGUGAUGCAGCGGCACAUGCUCUCGCACACCGGGGAGAGGCCGUACGCGUGCCGAGUCUGCGGCGACAUGUUCACCCAGCGCGUGAGCGCCAGGAGGCACGAGAAGAACUCCCACGGCGUGGAGUGACCCGCCCGCUUAGCGCGGUGGCUUGUGGCGGGUCGGCAAACUGCAGGAAAUCAGUGCGACCGCAAAGAGGACUGCCAGCUCAUGGCGGAGUCAAACCACCGGCAGCGAUCUGUAUCGAGAGAUAAAACUUAUUGCACUGGUCUUAGUCUAUGAUGCUGCAAGGUAAAUAUAGAUAAGACAAAGAAAACAAAUAGAGGCUCGACGUAAGAAAAAAUAGCAUAAGAACAAGAAACUGGCAUUAUAUUGCCAUUGAUGGACCGGACAUGGGGAUGUGAAGAAAAUUGUCAACCUGAAAUUACGUUUAGAACGAGGCUAACCACUGUACCUAUGAGUUAGGGUACCUAACGUAGUGAAUGAUUUAGCUAGGAAGCGGUGGUUACAGACUCUGGAAUUACUGAGUUUAUGGGAGUCUGCGUUCUUGUAAUCUCCCAAUCAGGCUUUUAAUUCAGAUUUUAAUUUCAAUAGACUAUCGAGCAAGGGAGCCGUCAGAUGAUGUCAAGAGUCUAAAAAUUGUAGAUGUGUGUUGCUUUCUCCGACAGGAUCAGAAAAACACUGAAAGGAAAUAUAUUGUAGUGCAUCCUAUUAGCAA